AAAAAACACACUUGUUCUGACUGUGGUGUUACUUUUAAACUUUUAAAAUCAUUAAAAAGACAUUUGCAUAAUAUGCAUUCACCCAAUUUAAAAUGCUCUGAAUGUGAAGAGUCAUUUUCAAAGAAAUCAGAAUUAAAAGAACAUGCUAAAAUUCAUUCCAAAAUGUAUAAGUGUAAUAAAUGUUCUCAGUAUUUUUCCUCUGAUGCUCAGCUGAAUGAACAUAGGUGUGAACAUAGUGAUUAUAGUGACAAGAGUUCAAUUUGUGAUGUUUGUGGUAAAUUAUUUAGUCAGCCAGGAUUGCUGGUGAUCCAUCAGAGGUUACAUACAGGUGAAAAGCCAUUAGAAUGCUCUGUAUGUAAACUGGCGUUUCGAACCAAAAGAGCACUAUUAAAACACACAGAAACUUUCAAACAUUGUGAGAAAGCUGGAAUCAAACAAGAUAAAAAGUUUUCAUGUUCAACUUGUGGCAAAUCCUUCUACAGAAAACAGACCUUAAAACGUCAUUUAAAGUGUCAUAGUGGAGAGAGACCUCAUAUGUGUCAAUAUUGUGGAUAUAAAACUAUUGAAUUGAAUAAUUUAAAGAGACAUGUGCUGCAUCAUUUUAAAGGGCAGCGUAAUUUCAUCUGUGAACUUUGUGGUGAUGCUUUUCAUACAAAGAAAACAUUAGAAAGUCACCAUAAACAUAAACAUAAUGAGGAACGUAAUUAUGCUUGUACCGAAUGUGAAAUGAUGUUUAAAUCCAGAAGUGGAUUGAAUCGCCAUGAAAAAACUCAUUCA